GUGAAGAAGCUGUCAGAUCUUCAUAAUGAUCGGCCGUCGGACCCGCUUGAGCUUUCAGUGUAUUGGACAGAAUUUGUGAUGCGGCAUAAAGGGGCGAAGCAUCUCAAAUCGACUCUCCAUGAACUCUACUGGUUCCAGUACUUCAGCCUGGAUGUAAUAGUGCUGCUAACUACUGUGGUGCUUGUCUUUGUAAUGCUGACAGCAAAAUGUAUGAAGCUAUGCUUCCGUAAACUGAGACGAAAAUGGAAGCAGGAGUAAGGACAGUUUUUUUACUAGAAGUACUGUGAUGUUGUAAUUGUAUUCUCAUCACGGUUUAAAGGAUGUUUUGAUAAAACAUCAGUAUCAAUAAAACCUUAAUGCAAAA